CAAAAUAUAAAGUACGCAUAUAAAAUGACAGAUCUAGAGUUACCUCAUAUGAGGGAGGCACCGAACAUAAUGAAAUAAACACCACAACUACAAGUAACGAAAUAACAUAUGAUAACACAGUUAUCGCGCUCCGUAUGCAUCUUUACCUGCUUCUUUUUGAUAUUGACGAUAGGAACAAAAACACUAACGAAUCACCUCGAUGAAAUACCCAUAACAAAGGUAAAACAAUACGAGAAUGCUGACAGGAUAGAAUUAACAAGGAAUUGAAAUAACGACUUUGAGACCCAGGAAAAUAGGACUUUAGGGGAUUAAAAUCCAAAACACUUCUAGCGGGGUAUGAAGCUAGAAGCUUGCACCUUCGGCACUCAUUUGUUCGGAAAUCGGUCACCGUUAAUCCCUGAGGUUCGCGCCUGGAAACUUUGAAAGAGUCGUAGACAGAAAGGGAUGCAAAUUGAUUUUUGCAAGUGGGGUGAAUCGGUGUUGGAGUCCAACUGCUUGCUGCCAUUGGCGGAGAUGUUAAUUGUAUCGGAAUAAUGUACUUUAUUUCAGACUGAAGUUUACCUAACAAAAAGAGUCUUCAGUGGUCAUGGUGACUCGUAGCGAAACCAAGAAUUCGUCAGUUUUGCUAAUAAUCGCGAUCUAUCCUCCUGUUAUGCAGAUUGGACUUAAUAAAUAGACUUUGUUUAUGAACGACUUCACCGUAAACACUUGGUGAAAAAAGAAAUAAUAACAGUAAGUGGAAAACUCAUGCUAAAUCAUUCGUCUAUCGUGAAUGAUUGCCGCAAGUGGUGAUUAUGUGAUUUUGCUAUUACUUAAAAAAUCAUUAAUUUUAACCUCGAUUUCCUGAAAAGGGAAGCAGCUGGUUCACGAAGAUUCAAUCCCAUAGGAAACACAAUCAGUCCGUACUCAGGUCGUGUUAAUUCUUUUUUUUUCGAAGCUACCUCCUUCAAUAUGAGCGGUUGGUACUGGAUGACCGGAUGGCUGCCUUCUCUACUAGCUGUUGUUGGAAAUGGUCUUGUUAUUUGCUUGAUUCUCGCAAGCCGCAAACUUCGAACCACUAACAAUAGAUUUGUCCUGUCUCUUGCUAUCGCUGACUUUGGUGUUGGGAUAUCCUUCUAUCCGGGACACGCCAUAUGCCACUUUGUACUCACUUCAUGCAAUGAGAUGAUCAGAGACGAUAUCGCAGUGUUGAUGAUUUACUCUUCAGUCUGUAAUCUUUGCGCCAUGGUUCUCGAUCGCUAUAUCGCCAUUGUCAGACCUCUACACUACAUGUCCUUGAUGACAGCUAAGAAAGCUAUAAUCCUGACCACCGUAGCGUGGUUGAUUCCGUUGUCAACUUACUUCAUUCCCUCCGUUUGCGCCAGCGUGGGUUUAAUUCGCUUAGACGUACGAGUGAGUGUAAUCGUAUGGACAACCGUGUUCGAAUUUGUCCCCUGUGUUGGAUUAUUCCUGGCUACAACACAUGCCGUUAGAACAUCCCGAAAGCACUGUCGCCGCGACGCAUGGCUUAGUUCGCAAAAACGUUUUAACCCUCGACCAACAUCGAAACUUCGCCGAUCGACUUUCUCUGCCUCGGUGAUAGCAGCUGUAGUCGCAAUCUUUCUAAUUUGCUACGCGGUGGAGGUUUAUAGUUCAUUUUGCUAUUUUACUGCCUUGUGCGUCAUGCACGAAAGCCUGUACAAUGUAGUGUGCUUUCUUGUAAUUGUUAAUUCUGCUGCUAAUCCUGUCGCUUACUCGUUGUUGAAGAGAGAUAUAAGGAGAGAGCUCGACAGAAUAUUCUGCAAUCAUUCUUUUAAUAAAAGGAGGCUAAAACGCAGUUGCGCUGAAAGAACAACCACUGUAUAACAGUUUCUCCUUAGCAAGAGGCGAGCAGUGGGCAUUAUUUGUAGUUGGUUUCUUCACUUUGUGAACUUGUUAUCUGACAGCCUAAAAUAAGUAUGAGUUCUGGAAAAAAUUUAAAGCCUAUUUUAUGGACAUACCCAAGGAAAACGCACAGACUCAUAUAUAAACGGGGGGAUGAUAGAUGGAUUGAGCAAUACAACAAUGCGUUGCGUGUGUGAUAAACGGCCGUCUUGUAUAAAGAUUUCUUGCAAGGGAUGAAUAACAAUCAUCUUUAUUAGAAAAAAAAAUGAUCAAGAGACACUCAGAAUGCGCUUUGGAAACUGUGGUUCAUGUUAUAUAUUGCUGCAAACUGUUUUGGACAUAAAUAGCUGAAUUCAGUAUAUUAAAUCUCCUAAUGACGUAAGUACUGUAGCUGGAAUCAUAGAAAGUAUUCUUAAAAGUUUGAAACGCGUGCUUCUCGUUAUGUAGAUGGCAAACAUGGAAUUGCAUUCCGCGAAAUGAAAUUUUUAAACAGCAGUAAAUUUUAUUGAGUUUUGCCUCCAACUCAAAAAGAUGAAAAGAACUCUCAAGAUCCAAACGACAGGUUGACAUGUGUUGAAUUAAUUGUAAUGUCAUGAUCAAUUAGCAAGACAUGGUCAGUUAGACCUCCUUUUCGUCACCACUCAUUUAUUGUAGAACCCGAGGGAAAAAAAAUGAAUAAAUAAUUUCACAAAACUGGUGUAAAUUCGGUUUCGUUUGUUUCCUUUUUAAUGACGAAGAAAGCGUUAAUGACAAUUUUGUUUCAGUUUUUUUCCCCAGUCAGAUAGAGUUUAUUAAUGCAGAUUUGAAGAGAUUAUAUCUCUAGAUUUAAAGUUAACCUUUGUUAUACUAAGAAACAUCGAUUCGCUUUUCCUCCCUCUUACAUAAACUUAAUUAUUAUUUAAACAUCCGGAAACGUUUUGACAAUGCCACUGGCAUGGGAUGAAAGAGUGUUGAUGAAUCAGGUUGAAAUAAAUGAAUAGGCUGGUUUUUUUUCUUACAAACUAGUUGAAGUUGUCUUCAUUAUUCUCUUAUCUCCAUAUCAGGUUUCAAUUUCUAUUCUUAAUUUCUACAUCCUACCUGUUCAAAGCUAAAAGCUAAAAAUUAAUUGCACUUGAAGUACGUCAAAUGUAUUACAGCAAAUAGCGUAAAAAAAGACUUUUAAUGUUGCAACAUACGAUCAUUUAAAUUAAAAUCGUGGAAAACUUGCAAAGGUGAUGGAUGGCGGGAUGAAGGUGUCACUAACUAAUUAACGACUCUUUUAGUUUGGUUCCCCUGAGUGCUCAACCCUCUUUAAUUCAGAAAUUAAAUUGGGUACAUUUGAUGAAUGUUUUCCGUUCUAGACCAUCUGCCUAUUCAUAACAAUUGUUAGAUGAAAAUUCGCGGAUCGUUUAAAGGUUUUUCGUAGGUUUUUAAAUCAGUAGUAAUUCAUCCGGCCGAUUGCCUUUCUUUUUAUUUUUCUAUUGCUGUUC